UAAAGUCGCUUGAUGCUCGUUAAUUAUUUUUAUAAUCUCUUGAAGGAAAGGCAGUGUCAAUAAAAUGGUAACCGGAUACAAACAAAGUACACAGUCGAUCUGACUGGCUCAUUGCCUGCAACAGCCGUUUAAUUGGCUUGGUCACACGCGACACAACCGUAAAGUAACUAUUUGAAACGAUGCUUCUUGUCGAUAUCGCAUUUUGCACUCAAUUGAUCUCCAUAUUCUUAGCGAAUAUUGCUACAUCUUUGGAGUUGGAUGAAACAUCGAGCGCUGACAAAGUAACGAAUAAUGAUGUGCCCCACACAACAACAUCAGUUCGCAAGCCGAACUUCGUUGUAUUUUUGGUCGAUGAUCUUGGUGUCGGAGAUAUAGGAUGCUUCGGCAACGAUACAAUUAAGACGCCAAAUAUCGAUCGCAUAGCAGCACGUGGGGCGAAGUUAAAUCACAAUUUGUCACCGGAAUCCAUCUGUACGCCAAGUCGUGCCGCCAUGUUAACAGGUCGUUACGCAAUACGUUCUGGUAUGGCGUCGGGACCUAACGAAUUAAGAGUGUUGUCUAACCUUGCUUGCUCAGGUGGCUUGCCAAACAAUGAAACUACCUUCGCAAGGGCCCUACAAGAAAUCGGCUAUCGAACAAGUAUGAUUGGCAAAUGGCAUCUUGGCUUGCAUUGUGAAAGGCGUGAUUAUUGCCACCAUCCACUUAACAUGGGUUUCGACCAAUAUUACGGACUACCACUUACAAAUUUACGCGAUUGUGGACCGUAUGCGGAUGGGUCCAGUUUCUUGCAAGUGGUGCAGAGGCCAGUACACCGUGUUGCUGUAGCCUUCGUGGUUCUGUUUGUAGGAUUAUUCGCCACUAAUGUAACAUCCAAGAGAUUUACCGUCCUUUUCGGGUGCUUUGGUGUUCUCUGCCUUUUGCUCUCACCGUAUGUACUUCGGAUUAUCUAUUCAAGACUGUCUUGCAUUACAAUGCGUGGUUUUGAAACUGUCGAACAGCCGACCAAUCUUGAGAAUCUAACAGUUCGGUUCACGAACGAAGCGAGGGGAUUCAUUCGCCGAAAUAAACAGGAACCAUUCCUUCUUUUCAUGUCUUUUGCAAAAGUUCACGCGGUGUUGUUCACGUCGCCGAGGUUCAAAGGUCACAGUGCGCACGGUCGCUAUGGUGACAACGUCGAAGAAAUGGACUGGAGUGUGGGCGAAAUAGUUUCAACACUUGAGGAGGAAGAUCUCUUGGAAGAUACCUUGGUGUAUUUCACAUCGGAUCAUGGUCCAUUUUUGGAAAUUAUGUCAUCCUCUGGAGAGCAUCUUGGCGGUUCAAAUGGACCGUAUAAGGGAGGAAAAGCCCAAACCUGGGAGGGAGGAAUACGUGUACCAACCGUGGCGAUGUGGAAGGAUCAUAUCCCAGAAGGAAUUGUAAUCAACGAACCAACAAGCAGCAUGGACAUAUUCACAACGAUGAUUGAAAUGGCUGGAGGAAGAAUACCAGAAGAAAGGGCGAUUGACGGUAAAAAUAUUCUUCCACUGUUGCUUCAAGAACAAGCCGUUUCCCCGCACGAAUUUAUGUUUCAUUAUUGCGGAAGUUCUAUUCACGCGGUGAGAUAUCGACCUCGCUCAGGACUGAACGUGACAUGGAAAGCACACUUCAUAACUCCUGUAUGGGCACCAGGUAGAGAAGUGUGUGAUAGCUCGUUGGUUUUGUGUCCAUGCUUUGGUGAUCACGUUACCCGUCACGAUCCCCCAUUGCUCUAUGAUGUAACACACGAUCCUUACGAGAGGUACCCACUUGAACCUUUGCUUGAACAACAUCAGGAUGUCAUAUCAAAGAUGAAGCAGGCUGUGAAGAACCACCAGCAGGGAAUACGACCGGUUCCAAAACAACUUGGUUAUUCUAGGGUUCGUCCACAGCUAAAUCCACUUUUUCAGCUAUGUUGUAAUUUUCCAUACUGUUCUUGCGUCGAAACCGAGUGAAUUGCAUGAGAUAAAUUUCAUUAGUUACAUCAUUAUUUAAUGACUGGCUUUGUCUGAUUCACUCUUCUUGCAGAACUUGACCUUUUUUGGAUAAAAUGGAGCAAAAACGUUUACUUUCUUUGAUCGCCGCAAAUGAAAACCAAGAUAGUUUCUCUCUUUUAAAUAAAGGACAAAAAAUAACAAAUAUUU